CACUGCACAGUACUGCACAUAUACACAGCACGGAUGCUUCAGCAAGUUGCAGGAAGGGAUUAGGAUUCGUUUAAGGACCACGAGCGGAAAUAUGAGUUUGCCGAAUGCGAACAACAACAAUCAUGCUUCAUCGCCCAUAUACAGCAAUAAGUCAGUCAUAAAGAAAAGUUCAAAAAGCGAUUUAAUGCGGGCCGCAGUUGGUUUGUUGCUGAAGCAAAAGAAUUAUGUUGGCAACGAGAAGUUUCGCAAAUCAGAUUUCCUUUUAAUGCAAAACAAAAGUCAAUUUGCAGUAAAUAAAAUGCUGGACACUGAUCUCCAUGGUGGCAAUAGUUUCACCUACUCGAAUGUCCAAGUCAUAACAAACAAUCAACAUAUGGUUGACCAGCAAUUUGGACGUUUCUCCCAGUUUGUUGAAGCACAACCGGAACCAUUGCGUUUAGAAAUGAAACGCUUCUAUGCACCGAUGCUCUGCCAUUUGUACCUUGAGCUAUUAAAAGCGCGCGAAUCAAAGAGCGCCGUCGAACUGCUGAAAAAAUAUGCGCAUCUUGUAGCACCGGUCGAUCUGUAUGAUGCACCACUGCCCACCAAGAUAAAUGGCUGCUCGGUGACGAGCGAGUCGCAAUUAUCGGGAGCCAACGACUGUCACAUCCGUUUUGCUAGCGAGGCGCAAAAUACUGGCGACAUGGAACUUGAUCACUUUAUGAAAUUAGUACAAAUAUUAUCGGGCUGCACAAAGCUGGAAACUGCUGAGUCCGACCCAACCGUAGCGCACUUCCGCGCAUCCAAAUACGAAUUGCAUACAACGGCCCAGGUGGUUGACAAAAUUGGCACUUAUUUGCAACGACGCGGCCAUGUGCUGAUUCUGAACCUGAUCUAUACCUGGCUGCACAUUCAUAUUGUGGACAAUGAUCAGCGUGUCUUUACUGAGGAUCACCUAUUGGGAAUAACCGAAGAGCUUGAUGUGAUAGACGGAUUGGAUACCGAUGACAUAACAUCAACACCUAGUAUAACACACAUCACCCGAAACGAGCACAAAUCCAGCAAAUCCAGCGACAAGAGUACUAUUAAGAAGCGUCCUGCCGAGGAGGCAACCGUCAAACUCGAGUUUGAAAUUAAAGCAGAAUGUGGGAAUACUGAGUCAGACCCGAUUCCGGCCGUUGAUAAACAGAAAGUCAACAUUGAUGCCUGUCUCGAUUCAAUGAAAUUUUCAACAUCGCAAAUACUAAAAGCUCAAGUCGAUCUGCCAUGUUUUUAUAGGAUUUGCGAAAGGUCGCGUGGUUUGACUUCGGCCCAUCUGGACAACAACGAAUGCCACAUGCUGGCAGGCUUUGAUAACUCCUCUGUUCAACUGUGGCAACUGAACCAGCAUAGUUGUAAAGGUAAGAGCUUUUACAGACGCUCUCCACACUCAAAUUGCCCUUGGGAGCUCAACAAUUGCACAGACGAUGAGCAGCAGGAACUGGACAGCGAUGAGGAAUCAUGGCCAUGCACUGCAGAGGAGCGUCGCGAACGCCACAAGGCCCUACGCAACAAAUAUCCGGAUAACUCUUUCAACGAGUAUGGUGGAGUGCAAAUACGAGGACACACCAAAGGGGUUACCAAUGUCCGUUUCUCAUCGCAUUAUCCACUCUUCUAUAGUGUUUCCAAGGACUGCACGUUGCGUUGCUGGCGGGCGCAUAACUUUCAAUGUGCAGCCAUUUACCGCAGUCACAACUAUCCCAUCUGGUGUGUGGAUGAGAGUCCUGUUGGACAGUAUGUAGUCACUGGCUCCAAGGAUUUGAGCGCACGAUUGUGGUCCCUGGAGCGCGAACAUGCGCUGAUCAUAUACGCUGGCCACACGCAAGACGUUGAGUGCAUUGCCUUUCAUCCGAAUGGCAAUUACUUAGCCACUGGCUCUGCGGAUCAUUCAGUGCGUCUGUGGUGCGCGACCAGCGGCAAACUAAUGCGCGUCUUUGCUGACUGUCGCCAGGCGGUCACUAGUCUGGCUUUUAGUAACGACGGCAAAAUGCUAGCUGUUGCCGGAGAUGAGUCGAAGGUUCGUAUUUUUGACCUUGCUGCGGGCGCUCAACUGAGUGAGCUAAAGGAUCAUCCGACUAGUGUUAGUUCCCUCGCAUGGGGUGCACACAAUCAGCAACUGGUUACUGCCUGCAUCGAUGGCAGCCUAAGACUGUGGGACGUUAAAAAGCUAGCGCCCAUGAACGAGAGCAGCAGUAGCAGCGGCAGCAACUACUCAUCAUCAACGUCAUCAUCAGCUACAACGAAUCGUCUCUUAACUCUAAAUAGUUCCUGCCAGCGUCUGGUUGAUGUAUUUUAUGGACGCAGUAAAACGCUAUAUUGCAUAGGCACUUAAAGGAUGUCACCGUAAUUAAUGAUAGUUCUUGUUUUUAAAAU